AUGCCGACCUUGUCCCUCACCAACUUCAACAUUGUCUGUGCGGUCCUCGGAGGGUUCAUUACUGUCUUUGGCCUUGUUAGUUACUUGUUCAAGGAGCGGUUCUAUCUUUCUGAAGCACUGAUUUCUCUUGUGGCUGGGGUCAUCUUCUCUCCCAAUGCCACCGACCUGAUUAAGCCCCUCGAGUACGCCGCCGGCUCCGAAGACAGCCUUGACUAUAUUACCCUCUAUUUCACCCGCCUCGUGUUGGGCGUUCAGCUUGUGCUUGCUGGCGUCCAGCUGCCCAGCCGGUACCUCUACACAGAAUGGAAACCUCUGGCCUUGCUCCUCGGCCCCGGCAUGUGUGGAAUGUGGGUGUGUGCAAGCCUGCUUGUAUGGGCCAUGGUGCCGCAUCUGAGCUUCCUGCAUGCUCUUGCCAUCGGAGCAUGUGUCACGCCGACUGACCCUGUGCUGUCCAACUCAAUCGUCAAGGGCAAGUUUGCGGACAAGAACAUUCCCAAGCCAUUGCAGAAGAUCAUCAUUGCAGAGUCGGGCGCCAACGAUGGGCUCGGAUACCCCUUCCUAUUCCUGGCGCUGUAUCUGAUCAAGUACACCCAACAGGGAGGCGCAGGCCAGCCCGGAGGGGCAUCGAAAGCCAUGGGAUACUGGUUUGGGGAAACGUGGGGUUACACGAUUCUGUUGAGCGUCGUUUAUGGCGCAGUGGUGGGCUGGCUUGCAAAGGAACUCUUGCACUUUGCCGAGGAGAGGAAGUUUAUAGACCGUGAGAGUUUUCUCGUGUUUGCCAUCACGCUUGCUCUCUUCAUCACAGGCACCUGUGGCAUGGUUGGCUCGGAUGACGUCCUGGCUUGCUUUAUUGCCGGGAAUGUGUUUACUUGGGACGACUGGUUCCGGCUCGAAACUCAGGACGAUUCCCUCCAACCCACCAUCGACAUGUUACUCAACAUUUCGGUCUUCCUCUGGUUUGGCGCCAUCUGCCCCUGGGCGUCCUUUCGAGCGAACCAUGUCAUUCCAAUAUAUCGACUGAUCCCAUUGGGAAUUCUCAUCUUGCUCUUCCGCCGCGUCCCCGUGGUGUUUGCCAUGCACAAAAAGAUCCACCAGAUUGAGGAAUUCCAACAGGCUGCAUUCGUGGGCUUCUUUGGCCCCAUUGGGGUGUCGGCCAUAUUCUAUCUCUAUGUCAGCAUUGAUUUUCUACGGCAGAUCACGGUUGAUGGGAGGGUACGCGAAGAUGCGGUCCGCCUCGAAGAAGUCAUGAGAGUGGUGAUUUGGUUUCUGGCGAUUUGCAGUAUCGUCGUUCAUGGCCUGUCCAUCCCACUGGGCAAGUUAGGCUAUCAUCUUCCACGGACCAUGUCUCAAGCUCUCAGCAGUGAGCGGGAAGAUGAUGAACCAGACAUCAACAUGGGUCCCUCGCCUCAUCGCAGAUCAACAAGUCAACUGCGACACAGGAAAGGACAUGGUCAUAGGGACAGGUCUCGUCGCCCAAGUCCCGUAUCGUUUAUGAUCGGGCAGGGAGGCACAACGAGAUCAACCACCAUGGAUCUGGAGAGUGCUCAGGAACCUGCGCGACCCGUCCGCAUUAUUGAAGAUACGCCUAGAGCAGGGUCCCCGGUCGUGGCUGUGACGGGGUUGAGGCAGGGAAUAGAUGCCGGUGAACAGCUUGGUAACCUGGAGAUAGAGCCAGAGGAACCGAGGCUUUCUCAAGAAAGGAAACCUGCGGGUGAGGUGAAGACGGAUUGA